CUCACCGGCUGGGAAACCACUGGCUUGCCUAGGGGGACUGAGAAGGUUGAGUGCACAGAUGAAUAAAAAUUCUUCCAACAUAAUGGCUUUGGCUCCUAACACUUCUAACAAAAAAGAGACAGUGUGCAUAUUUGGAACUGGAGAUUUUGGAAGAGCUCUGGGGCAUAAAAUGAUUCAGGCCGGCUACCCCGUUGUGUUUGGAAGCCGGAGCACACAGACAUCCAGCCUGAUUCCCAAGGAUGCAGAGGUGUUGAGCCAUGCAGAGGCAGCGCAGAAAGCUGCCAUCAUCAUUAUAGCAAUCCAGAGGCAACAUUACAACUUCCUUACAUCACUAGCAGAAAUUCUCCAUGGAAAAGUCUUGGUGGACGUAAGCAACAACUUAAAAAUAAACCAGUAUCCUGAAUCCAACGCAGAGUACCUCGCUCAGCUGGUGCCCGGCGCUAAGGUUGUGAAAGCCUUUAACACUGUGUCAGCCUGGGCCUUGCAGUCGGGCACGUUGGAUGCAAGCCGGCAGGUGUUUGUCUGUGGAGAUGACAUGGAAGCUAAACAAAUGGUAAUGGAUAUUGUUCGUGCACUGGGUCUCACUCCAUUAGAUCAGGGAUCCCUCUUGGCUGCUCAGGAAAUAGAAAAUUACCCUCUGCGGCUUUUUCCAAUGUGGAAGUUUCCCAUUCUUUUGUCCCUUGGCCUAGCCGCAUUCUUCUUCUUCUAUUGUUUGACUCGUGACGUAAUUUACCCUUAUGUUUAUGAAAACAAAAACUUCUCAUUUUUUAUUGCAAUUUCCAUUCCAAAUCGGAUCUGCCCUGUAUUGGCACUCAUCCUUCUUGCCUUGGUUUAUCUUCCUGGUGUACUUGCUGCAAUUAUUCAGUUAUACAGAGGUACCAAAUACCGCCGUUUCCCAGACUGGCUGGACAAAUGGAUGCUGUGUAGGAAACAACUUGGACUAGUAGCCUUGGCAUUUGCUUCUCUGCAUGUUUUGUACACUCUUGUUAUCCCAAUUCGCUUCUUCGUAAGAUGGAGAAUCAGCAGUCGAAUCAUCUCCCAGGUACUGAACAACAAAACAGAACCACUCAACAACACUAAUGCCUGGCUUAGUGACUCUUAUUUGGCUUUGGGGAUCUUAGGAUUUUUUUUAUUUGUUCUUCUGGGUAUAACUUCCUUGCCUUCAGUCAGCAACAAUGUCAACUGGCGAGAAUUUCGAUUUGUACAGUCCAAACUGGGAUAUCUGACACUGAUUUUGUGCACUGCACACACUCUGGUUUACGGUGGAAACCGGUUCCUCAGCCCAUCAUCAUACAGAUGGUAUCUUCCAAAUGCCUAUAUGCUCUCCCUCAUUGUUCCAUGCAUUGUACUGGUUGUCAAAUUUGUGCUGAUAUUCCCUUGUCUAGACAAACCUCUCACGCGAAUUCGACAGGGCUGGGAGAGGAAUCCCCAACACUCAGAACAGUCAAAUUACAUUAUCAACAAGUCUGCUGUAUAAUUAGACUAACCUGUAUUAUCAAAAAGAAGAAAAAAAAAUAUUAUGAAGGCAUAUCAAAAUGAAGUCCUGAGCCUCCUUUAUCUGGAGAGAGAAAAAGUGAAAAACUUGGCCAGGCCCUGAGUAAAAUAAAGCCACCCCAAUGACAAGCUUAAAAUACAAAUCAAAUGAGGCCAUUGAGUUCCUGCACCUCAGGCAUGCUUUCACACAGGUGCAGGCCCUCUCAUUUGCUCAGUAUAUUCCCCUUUGCCUAUUCACCCUCCAUUCCUAAGAAGGGUAUGAGAGAAGUAAGUGGCGCUCCAUGUCCCUCCUCUGUCGUUCCAAACCUCCUCCAGGGCUGGGCAGAACCAGAGUAACCUUUGGUGUUAGAUGGCGUCUGCUCCUCUUCCCUAUCCUGCCCAUUGGGACUCAGGUCCACAUGCACCUACACACAUCCACACAGAUCCACAUGCACACGUGCAUGAACGCACACCCUGCUUCCACUCCCAGAAGCCACCAGCACCCAUAGAACCAGUGCAGGAUGGAUGCUGGCUGAGGAAGAGCUCUCUUCCUCCCAGCAUUAGUUCAUCCUCCAUUAACAUCUGAUCCAAAAGAGACCUAUGUUCAUACCUUAGAGAUAGUUCAAUAAGAUUUGUUUGGUUUUUUUACAGGAACUUUAAUGUUCAAAGUGUAUGGGCCAAGGAUUACUGAAUCCUUUCUUGUACUGCUCUACCAGAAACUCAGGUGGCAAGGGGAUGGAGGAGAGACCAAAAUGGCAGAAAGAUGUGAGAUGUGCUCACAAGCCUAAGGUUCUCAAGUAUAGGCAAAAAGUGGUCAGUGAUUUUUUGUGUAAGCAGUGAGUUGUAAGGAAAGAACCUGAUGGAAAAUCCUAUUAUAUCAGGGGGUUGUAUUAUAUGUCAUGGUUAUACCUCAUGAAGAUAAUAUUGUUGAUUUUUCAAAAAAUAAAUCUUUGGAUGCAAUAUUACAGAUAUUCUAUGAAAAUAUAUAUAU